AGAUGUUAGCCAGUGGAUAAGAAAGCUGUCGGUGAGCUGGCAGGAAAGCAUAAAAACAGCUUCACCAAUGUCGCGCCAUCGUCUACGGACAUUAGCAGCUCUAUGGAACAAUAUCUUCCUCUGCGCGAUGGGCGUACCUUGGCAUACGCAGAAGACGGGAACAUAUCCAGCAAGACCGUCGUUCUUCAUUUCCAUGGUUUAUUCACUGUCGGGGGUGCGUUACUGAAGUCUCCUGUGCUUCUGAGCAAGAAUAUUCAUCUCAUCAUGCCCACCCUGCCUGGGUGGGGCAACACGUCACCUCCUCCUCCGUCGACACCAUACAACGACUGCAUCGCAAGCGACAUGACCACACUGUUGUCCCACCUGUAUCCGGAUUCCAACGACCGUGGCAUCAAAUUGUACAUCUCAGGGAGCUCGUUCGGCUCGGUGCCUGCGCAGAUAUUGUACGGUGCACCGUAUGAUAAGUUCCCAUUCGGCCGGUGCAUAUCAGGCGUGCUGCUGACGGGCGCGUUGACCCCGUUUCGCUACCACAAAGAUUACGCCAAGCAGAUGACAUGGGAGAGCUACUUCAUGUUUGGCCCCAUCGGGUACUACGUGCCAUUCAACCUCGUGUCUCAUGUGAUGAAAUUUAUGCUGGCGAGGAAAAUGGCGACCAUAGAAGGUGCAGGGGCAAGGUUGCGGGAAACAUUUUUCAACAGGAUGGAUCAGGCGGAGCAGGAGAUGUUUGCAAGGUGGAGUGAGAAACACGGGACAGUACCGGAGAAUGUCGUGCGGAGAAUGGGUGAGGGUUGCGUGAAGAGUGUCUCCAAGUCCUGGGAGGGUUUUAUGCUCACGCUACCCCUUCUGCACUCGGAUUGGGGUUUCCGGCCCGACGCGUUGGACGAGGAACACUCUCGUCCGCGUGUCCUGCUCACGGCGGGCAAGGACGAUCACAUGACUCCUGUGACCUAUGCACACUAUCUUGCUGCCAACUACAAGAACGCGCGGAUAAAAGACAUUGGUGGAGGACAUAUGAGUAUGUUAUACAAGAACGACGAGCUUCUUGAUUGGCUUAGGUCUUCCCCGGCGUUGCCCCGGCGGGCCGAUAUCCGAAGGUUGGAAUGAAAAAUAAACGAACAAAGUGGUAACUUCGUAUCAUCAGCACUCCUGUACGCCCUCCUGCACGUAUCAUCCUCAUCGUUCUAUGCACUGGGAAAGCAAGCAUAUCAGCACUCGGACUCGGGAGACAACGAAAAGGAUAGGCUCACUCAGGCACUGU